GAGUAGGGGGAGAGCUGACUUGUGUCUGGAAUCAAUCAGUUGUUUUUUUCUUCCACUCACUCACUGCAUUUUUCCAAACGGCAUGUGCGAUCUUAGGCUCUGGACCUCAUUUCCUAACCCCUAUCUCUCUGUCCUGCUCUCUCUCCAUACCCUUCUUUCUGACUAACUCAUUCAUUCCUUCUCAUGCUUUGUGGAUGCGAAUCAGGGGAAUUACUGCCUGUGAAUCCAACCUUUCUGUUUGUGCCGCCUCUCCUCUUAUCCCUAUAUCCAGGACCCUCCAAAGCCGGUCUGUCUCAGCUCCAUUAGAAAUGUGGUGCUCUGUGGCACUGGUUGUCUGUGGAUUCUCUGCUUUGGUCCAGGUGUCGGUUCAGGGCCCUCACCAGAGGACCUUGUUGAAGAACCUUCUGAAGGACUACAAUCGAAUGGAGAGGCCGGUGGGCAAUGAUUCACACUCCCUCACAGUCUUCUUCUCUGUCAGUCUGAUGCAGAUCAUGGAUGUGGAUGAGAAGAAUCAGGUCCUCACCACUAACAUCUGGCUUCGGAUGAGCUGGUUUGAUCAUUAUCUUCAGUGGAACCAGACUGAAUACCCUGGAGUGAAAAACCUUCGGUUCACCACUGACCAGGUGUGGACGCCAGACAUCCUCCUCUACAACAGUGCAGACGAUGACUUUGACUCCACCUUCAAGACCAACGUGUUGGUCAACUCCAGUGGCUUCGCAGAGUAUCUCCCUCCAGGGAUUUUCAUGAGCACAUGCAACGUGGACGUACGUUGGUUCCCCUUCGACAUCCAAAAGUGUGAGAUGAAGUUUGGCUCAUGGACGUACGAUGGCUGGCUGAUGGACCUACAAAUGAACGAGGCCGACAUCUCCGGGUACAUGUCCAACGGGGAAUGGGACCUAGUGGGAGUGCCAGGCACUCGUAGCGAGGUGUUCUAUGACUGCUGUAAGGAGCCCUACCCCGAUGUGACGUUCGUUGUGACCAUCCGCCGGCGCACUCUCUACUACGCUCUAAACUUGCUCAUCCCCUGUGUGCUGCUGUCCUCCAUGACCCUGCUUAUCUUCCUACUGCCUGCCGACUCUGGGGAGAAGAUCUCUCUGGGUAUCACUGUGCUGCUCUCGCUCACGGUCUUCAUGUUGCUGGUGGCAGAGAUCAUGCCAGCCACUUCAGAUUCCAUCCCUCUCAUAGGACAGUACUUUGCCAGUACUAUGAUCAUUGUUGGGAUGUCAGUCAUAGCUACAACGGUGGUGCUGCAGUAUCAUCACCACGACCCAAACGGAGGCCAGAUGCCCAAAUGGGUUAAUGUGGUCCUACUGCAGUGGGUAGCAUGGUUCCUACGUAUGAAGCGCCCAGGGGAGAGUGAUGACCCAGAGCGACCACCCUGCGCCCCCCACCUACGGCGCUGCUCUUCAAGCUCCCAGAGCGGUAGCAUCCCUAACCCUCCAGACCCCACGCUCAACCCACUGCACCCCCAGAACCUGGCCCCCCUCCAGGCUGGCCCCCUGCACGCGGGUCAACCCCACCUUCACGUCCAGUCCAGUGCCAACAACAACGGAAACCUGCUCUACAUCGGCUUCCAGAACCUGGACGACCCCCCACUGCUCCCAGACCACAUCCAGAGUUACAGCAUCUCGGCCGGACCUCCUCGAGUAGCAGGCAGCCCCCCUCCACCACCCCCCACCCCGAACGAGGACACUGUGGGCUGUCCUAGCACCAUUUCCAGUGGCGGGGGCUUUGGAAUAGGGGUUGGAGGACAGUACUCGGCAGGGGGUAUAGGUGAUCCCCAGCUCCAGGCUAUUCUGGAGGAGGUGCGUUACAUGGCGGACCGCUUCCGUGAACAGGAUGAGACAGAGAGCGUGGCCGACCAGUGGAAGUUUGCGGCAGCUGUCAUCGACCGGCUCUGCCUGGUGGCCUUCAGUAUGUUCAACAUCAUCUGCACCAUUGCCAUCCUCAUGUCCGCUCCCAACUUUGUCGAGGCUGCCUCCAAGGACUUCUUCUGAGGAAGAAGAGGAUGGGGCAGAGGAGGAGAGAAAGAAUGAGGGAGAAGAGAUGUAGGGGAGAAAGAGCAGGAUGUGGAAUGAUUUGGGGCUUAUUCCAAGAGGGCUAUUUUCAGGGACCCUCCUGUCAAGAUGAGGGGGGUUCUUUGGAGAUGCCUAUAGAACAUCUCAAGAUGUUCUCUUGAAGUCUAUCAAUGACCUCUGAUGAAAUGGAACAGGAUGGGGUGCGAUGAGUUUAUGGGUGAAGAAUCCAAAAAGGCAUGGUUCAACGACUCUACAGGGUGAAGUAAAUUGUACUGAAUUAUGAGGCUUUUUCAAAGACCUUUAAGAAGUGAAGGUCAACAGGAAGGGCAAUAAGAAAAGUGGAGCAUGGGAUAAUUCAACCUGAGAUUGGGAAGAUUGCAGUACUUACAGAAAGAGAGAGAGGGAAAUAGACAGAUGGAUAGGGCUGUUUUAUAUGAUGUCAAAUCCCAGAAAAGAAAAAAAGGCAAAGAAAGACUGCAUCAUUUACUGAAACAGGGGACCAGGAGGGAGGGGGAGAGACUGACUUUUACAAGGAAAGACAAGGAAUGAGUGUGUGAACAGACAGGUGUUCCCUGAUGACAGUGAAGGCGGGAGGGUCAAACAAACUGAACUUGGCCUUGUCUCUGAGAUAGACAGAAGAACAAAGCGGAUUAGAGGAAUGAAAAUAAUCUCUAAUCUUUCAUUCUGUUAUUUGUUUCAUGGGCAUCAAAUUGAAAGGCCUUAAAUAACAUGCAGCUGAUUUCUGAUCAGUUGAGGCACUAAAUGAAUUCCCAUUUAACAGCCCCAUUUCCUUCCCCAGGCCUUACUGGGUUGCCAGUGUAUACCAAUCUACACUUUUUGUCCUACGGUGUAGCGCUACUUGUGAUUGGGCAACUGCAUUAGUGUGUAAUCAGUGUAAUUGCCAGUAAUUGUGUUACAGUGGAGGGUUGAUCCAAUAAUGACCCAUCAAACAGUCACCUAAUAGAAUUUGGCAGGUCCUAAUAGAGAAGGCUGAUCUCAUUGAGCUCCAAAGUGAAAUCUUAAUAUACAGUAUGUGAGGUCAGCAACUUUAAGAGGAAUGUGAAGGAAAGUGAUCCUCAAACCUCAAGAUGAACACACAAAUGACUUGAUUGGAAUGACACUCAUUUUUGUAUUGCACAAUAUGGUUGACAAUUGAUGGGAGUUUUAUUUUUCGAUAUUUUCAUAUUUUCCAAAUUCAACAUAUACUUACUAAAAUAUAUUUCCAAUCGUUAUUUUAAAGACCAGAGACAGCUCCUGGAAGAUCUCACAUCUCUCGCUCGCUCUAUAAACUGACGCAUCUCCUCCCUUCAGUGGAAACCUCAAGCUGGGAGUAGGACUGACUCUCUGGCACACACAUGUAUCGAAACAUUUCCCAUCCCGAAAUAAAGUAUUAUUUUUUUACCA